AUGUCCGGAACAGCGCUGAAGUCCAUGGUCUUCUGCAGGUCGAGCAAGUUGAGGGGCCUUCUAUGGUCGAAGAAGCAGCGAGACGAUUGCGACGGCGGGCGGUGGAUUGGGUUUUGCGGCAAUGGUGGCAUGUCCGAUGAACAGCGGAUAUCCAUGGUCGCUUGCAUUCAGUGCACUGAGAUCGGGAUGGAUCAGGACGCAGUUCAACUUGCUGGACCUGAGAAAUGGGUUGAGAAAUCGACGGGGAAAUUGGAUUCGGCGCGGAUUGAGCAGGGGAAUUCUGUGCAUUCAGUGAACCAGGACCGGACAGUUGGGAGUGCUUCUUCCGAAUCUUGCGAGCAGCAUCUUUUGCCCUGCAAUCGGAGCAAGUCCGGUAAGACCCCGAGAUACCAGAACUCCAAGGUCGAUGGCACCGAGUACAUAUAG